AGUAAUGUCAUCUUAAACAGAAUUAUCUGUUUUUUUUUUUUUUUCCCCCGAGCUCUGAUGGAAUUCAGAAGGAAUUUAACCAUGAGAAACCAUACGGUGGUGACAACAUUCAUUCUCGUAGGACUAACUGAUGAUCCAAACUGGCAAAGUGUGAUUUUUCUGUUUCUAUUUCUAACAUAUUUUUUGAGUGUCACUGGAAAUGUGACCAUUAUCCUGCUCACUUUACUGGAUUCCCACCUCAAAACACCGAUGUAUUCCUUCCUAAGGCAUUUUUCAUUUUUAGAAAUGUCAUUCACAUCCGUCUGCAUCCCUAGGUACCUGGUGAGCAUUGUGACUCUGGAUAACAGGAUUUCCUAUGAUGCAUGUGUGACACAAUUGUUUUUUGCCAUCUUCUUGGGUGCAUCAGAGUUUUUCCUGUUGGCAGCCAUGUCCUAUGACCGCUAUGUGGCCAUCUGCCAACCCCUUCACUAUGCAACAAUCAUGAGCAGCAAAGUCUGCACCCAGCUGGUCGUUACCUCCUGGGUGGCUGGGUUGUUAACCAUCUCUCCUGGACUUAUCAUGGGCUUGAGGUUGGAAUUCUGUGAUGCCAACAUUAUUGACCACUUUGGCUGUGACUAUUCUCCUCUCCUGAAACUCUCCUGCACAGACACACGGUCCAUAGAAUUGUUAAGUUUUAUUUUAGCCAUUGCCACACUCCUGAUUACACUGGCACUGGUGAUACUCUCCUAUGCAUAUAUUCUGAGAACAAUCCUGAAGAUCCCUUCUGCCCAGCAGAGGAAGAAGGCUUUUUCCACCUGUUCCUCCCACGUGAUAGUUGUCUCUAUCUCUUAUGGAAGCUGCAUUUUUAUGUACUUGAAACCUUCUGCAGAGGAAAGGGUAUCUUUAAACAAGGGGAUAGCAGUGCUCAACACUUCAAUUGCACCUCUCUUAAAUCCUUUUAUAUAUACCCUAAGAAAUAAACAGGUGAAACAAGCCCUGAAAGAUAUAAUUAAAAAACGUAUCUUUAUUGCCUUAAACAAAUAAUGCUGGCUUUUAUAAAAGAAUAACACUAAAACUUAUCGGGAAAAUGUGCCCUAUUCUGAUUACUCUUUUAGCUUAUUUCCUUUUUAUAUUAGGAUGGUUAUUAAAAUCACCCACAUAUUGCCAUUAUUUUUCAAUCUACCCCUGGCUUUUUAUUCCUUUUAAUGGUAUAAGCUGGAUCAAUGAUAUUCUAUUAUGCAUUGUUGGAAUCACUUUAUUCUUUCAACCUAAUUCUCUUAUUCAUCCUCUUAACAUUCCAGCAUGAACUUGUUUAGUAAAUCCAGUGCCUUCAUGUUUGCUUAGCACAGAGAUGCUGAGAUGUAGAUCAUUUGAGCACUCCGUAAGUGUUCCUUUACUUGAUUUAUAAAACAAAUAUUCCUUUCAUAUACCCAUCCCACUACAGCCUGUGUUGUUUUCCGAAGCAUAAUAAUGAACCCAAAUAGAAAUAUUUGUUUUAGGCUUAACAAAGGUACUUAAAAAACAUACACAAAUCUCUUGUUCUCGUUAGGUGCAACCGAAUUGGUUCAGACUCUUAGUGACCCUAUAUACAACAGAA